AUGAGUAGCGACCCUCUAGCCCUUGUCGUGUACGCGGGUCAGAUGGCCACGUACGUGUGCGAAGGUGGCGACGUGCAGCCAACAUACCCCAUUCUACAUCCAAUCACAGAAGAGGUGCUGAGGCUGUUGCGACAGGCGCAAUGCCAAGCAACAGCGCCUGAUCAAUCUGCACCCGCCUCCGCGUCAUCUGCGAUGCACACGUCAGGAGAUCGCGCGUGGCCUCUGAAGCAGCAGGUACAGGAGCUUCGCUACCACUUCCUUCCUCUUCUGCAAGGCCGAUUUGUGCUGCUUGUGGUGCCGCUGAGCAGCGCUCCCUCGUACCGUGAAGAAUGGACGCGGCUUUGCUUCGAUAGCCAUGUUCUUGCUCGGCGACUGGUCAUGCUGACAGACACAGUAGCCAGCGCCUUCGCCUGCGGCAUGGACAACGGAGUUGUAGUCCACGCCUCCUUGUCAACUGUGAGCAUGUGCCGAGUGGAGGAGGGCUGCUCCACGCGGUACAGCAACUCGCAUAUGGGCAGUUUGCAGAUGCUGUGCGGGAUGAAGCUGUCUCUGCAGCUAGCGGAGGAAUGGCCGAAGGUGGCGAAUACCGCGGCCACUUCCAACUCAACUUUGGUCCCCGCCUUCGGACCCGUCAAAGGCGCUGAAGUGGAUACGGCUGGCGAAGGUGGUGCUCACAAGCAUCUUUGGGGCAGCGGCGUCGGUGCAGUAGUGGACCUGACGAGCCCUGCGCAUCGCGACGCGCUCGUUCGCGCCUUCGGAUUCAAGGCGUACCGCGAUGUCAUCGUGCGCGCUCAGAUGGAGGCACAACAGCACCAGGCAGCGAUGACGACGCCUUCGAAAGGAAAGGGCAAAGGCGGCACCCGCCAGCGAGCGCCAUCGUUCCUCGACGACCUACGCCAGAAGUACCCCCGCGCAGUUCGGCGAGCGCCUGGCCAACUGGAAAAACUGCUUGCCCGGGUGGUGCAGGGUGGUCCAACCACGCCUGCUUCUGCUGCCUUUGUGGAAGGCGGCGAGCCAUGCGUUCUAGCAGGGGAGGCCCUCGCUAUCCCCUACGUAUACGCUUUGUUUGAUUAUCUAGUCAAGCGCUGCGGUGACGAUGUCUGGGCCGUUGUGGAGCGCGAGCGGCGAGCGCGGAAGCGAUCUCUGACCACGUCUCGGUCGCAGCAUCUGUCAUCGCCCAGCCACCACGACCAUCGAGAUACCAUGAGCAAAGCCGAGUCGGGGGCAGCGCACUUGGGCGCAAACGGCGGCUCUGAUGAAGCUGCCACGGGCACGCGGCGGCACAGCUCUAGCACAAGCCGCAGCACCAGCAGUGGCAAGGACCUCAGUGACGAAGAGGAGGAAGAGGAAGAGGAGAGCUCCCUCUCGAGCUCGUCAUCGUACUCGUCUUCCGGGACGUUGCUGUCCGACAGCAGCGACGAGGAUACUUGGCUGCAGUCGCAGCCAACACCGCUGCCAGCAGCGCCGUGGUGGCUGCCGCUGCUUGGCGGAUCGAUCGUCAGUCGCCUCUCAGACAAGGAUGUGCAGCGCGCCGUGAUCACUGCCGAGGAGGCGCGUGAGACGAAUGGCACGAUGGUGCACUGGAGGAUGCUCCUCUGA